AAGCAUGUCGCCUUUGUGGUGUACCGCUGCGUUUGAUACCCGUGUCGUCGUCUAGCUAAAGUCUACGAACCUACCCCCGCUCGCGGAUGUUGCUGGUACUCGCAAAAAUGCUUGGCUUUCGGGUAUAUUAUAAAAGGGAAUCCUUAACUCAGUUACCGUAGACGCCGCGCCCACCUUCGCAAUCGCUACGGAAAGAGAAUAACCGUCGCCGGGCUUCCCCAAUCGGCCCUACCAGCAACUAUUCUUAUAUAGUCUACUGCACUAUUUUAGCACAAAUCCUUCUGCGUGCCCGGAGGCCACACUACCAUGGCCCGCAGCGUUCGUAAGCUGCAGCAUGCGUCCUCGCUCUGGGUCGCCACCACGCUGGUGCUGGGCGCCGCUGUACUCCUGGCAGUUGUCUUGCCGGCUGCUGCUUCGCGUGACUUGUCGACCGUUAUAAAGCGGCAUGCCGCGGUGCAUGGCUUCAACCUGGGGUCGGCCGCAGAGCACCAGGACCAGCAGCGGCAAGUGGUCGAGCACCCCACGGCUGGGGCCAGCAGCAGUCGAGGGUUGCUGGCUGCCAAAAAAGCGUCCCCGCCGCCCCCAAAGCCCAAGUCACCCCCACCGCCAAAGCCUUCUCCACCUUCCAUUGAUGACGAGGGAGCUGGCCCCGCGGACGGCAACCCCAACACCCCCAGCGACCCCAAUGUGGGCCUGCCAACCAUCCCAACCAACAACGAGUCGGCCUACGGUCAAUGGAUCCUGAAAGCAGUGGGCAACAUCGUCGCAGUGCACUUGUGCGCGGUGCCCGGCACUGACAAGUUCUUUUUCAUGGAGCGACCCAGCGGCCGGCACCCGGAUGGCAGCAACAACAUCGCCGGAUACUACGACUACAUGUCGAACAGGUUCACCAACGUCAACUACACGGACUCGGUCUUUUGCGCCGGGCACACGGUGACGCAGGAUGGUCAUGUGCUGGUGGUGGGUGGCCACAUUGCCAAGUCAGGCUACGGUGACGGCCUAAAGGGUCUCCGCGUCUUCUCUCGCCGGACCCUCACCUUCAAACGGAUUGCCAACAUGUCCUACCCCCGUUGGUACCCCACGGCCACGCUGCUGCCCAACGGCAUGGUUACCAUCAUGGGAGGAACUGUGCUGCCGGGAGCAGGCACGGGAAAGAACCCCAUUUAUGAGAUCUGGGACCCCCGCAACCCCGCCUCGACCGUUAAGCGCAACCAGUCGGCCGGCAUGGUCAAGAAUACUAACGACAUCUACUACCCCAACACGUACGUGCUGCCCACCGGCGACCUCUUCCUCUUCUGCAAUCGCUACGGAGAGAUUACUGAGCCGCUGACAGGGACCGUGCGAGCAACGCUCCCCAGCUGGUCGACUCUGGCCAAGGGUGUCUUCACGGAGUAUCCCUUCACCGGCACGAGUGUGAUGCUCCCGCUCACUCCCGAAAACGGCUACACGCCCGAGGUGGUUUACUUUGGCGGGCAGUUCAGCUACGGCUGGAUUAACACCACCGCGAGCAAGCUGGCGCUGCGCAUCAAAGUGCAGUACAAUGAGACAACCGGGAACUACACUUUCGGCGAUGGCUGGACGGCUGAGAAGAUGCCCCUACCCCGCGUCAUGGGCGACGCUAUCGUGCUGCCCAACGGCAAGGUUGUCGUACUGAACGGAGCCAUUAAAGGUCUGGCUGGCGACAGCGCUUCCGGCGGCGUGGCCAAGGCUAACGAACCCAACCUGUGGCCGGUUCUGUACGACCCCACGUUGCCUCAGGGCAGCCGCAUGAAGCUCAUGUCGCGCUCCAUGAUCCCCCGUCUCUACCAUUCCACGGUGGCCCUUACAACGGACGGGUCGCUGCUGGUAGCGGGGUGCGACCGUUGCGACAAGUAUUGGUGGACCACCCCCGGCGGCAUCUCCAAGUCCCCCACCUCUUUCGCCGAGUACCGCAUUGAGGUGUUCCGCCCGCCCUGCUGGUUCAACGUCACCGCCAAGCCAAACAUCAUGUCGCUGGACCCCACCACCUGGGACGAGUACGACGAGGUCCAUGUGAUGCAGUACGGCGCCAACUUCUCGGUGCAGUACAGCAUGUUUUACGAGUCGGACGCGGUGACCUCGGCGGUGCUCGUGUCGCCCAGCUCCACCACCCACUCCACGAACAUGAACCAGAGAGUGGUCGGCCUGAAGAUUGUUGAACACGACACGGUCACGCGCCAGCUUGUGCUGGAGGGCCCUCCCAACAUCAACAUCGCCCCGCCCGGCUGGUACAUGCUGUUCCUGCUCAACGGGGACGUGUACGGCCAGAGCGAGUGGGUGCGCCUGCCGGGAGAUGCGCCGCGCAUGGAUGACUACUUCGCCACGCUGAAGAAGUAAAGCAACCGCGCUUACCGCCUGCAUCCAUUAGCUGGGCUUGGCUUGACGUCACAUGCUUAGAUUCCAGCUGCAAAUCCCUUCUCCCGUGCGGUAUUAUUCUUUAGCUUGUGAGUUGACAUGUUGUGAUUAUCGGGUUCCUGUAACCUGUGUGGAAUUAUUAAGUUUCACCUUGAAGAUAUGCUUGAUGACAUAGAUGACGAAUGAUGUUACCAUCUAUUGUUAGUGUGUGCGUGCAGGAGUUUAGAGCGCAGGUGGGGCAUUGCAGGUGCAGUUUUCCAUUGAUGAAGCACGGAAUAAACGGAGUUAAGCCCAGCAAGCACGAGCUGUGCAUACGGUGCCCCUCCUGUGUCCCCCGGUCGGCGGUGGCCGGUGCGUUGCCUCUUUCCUCUUUCCUCUUUCCAUGCAUACUCUUUCCGGGCAUACCAGCCUUCAUCAAGGUAUGUGACAUUUGGGCGCUAAAAAUUGGCGGUGUGGUGGUUUGCCUUGGCUGUGCGUUGUAGAGAGUGUCAAUUGCGUUCUUUUCAAGUAACUGCAUGCGUCCAUGACUAAGCAAUGGAUGUAAGGGAUGUUCUGCUGUCAGAUACUGCCGGUUGUAAGGCGCAUGGGGAGCUUUCCCCUGCCGCGUUGUGAACUUGUAUACUGCUUUGCGCGCGAGUUGUCGUCAUAUUGCGCACGUUGGCAUGUUGUUCCCUGGCUCACGGAAGGUUUUAUCCUGUCCAAGGGAUGUCAGGAAUGCCUCAUUCUUUACCGGUAUAGCCUCAGUAUCAUCUUGGC